AUGCUAGGCUUACGGGACAAGCACUCGACACACCGAUCUCUGCCACUUUUCAGUUCGUCUCAUCAGUUCUUGCACCCGACGGCGAAAGAACCUAGGCCCUUGCAAGUGGGCGUGACGACUAAUGGGGAGGAGUGUCGAUUAGCGUCGAGGAUUACAAGGGAGGUGGUGGCGAGGUUGCCCACGGAUGUGGGGUGUGCGAUGCAGAGCGUAGGGCGGAUGAGAAGGUUUGCUAGCUCCAAGGCCAUGGACGACACCGAUCCAGAUGAAGUGUCCACAAGGACAGUGAUGUCCUCACUCCCAACCGCCCGUUGA